AGUGGCGAGAGAGUAGUAAAUUAUAUUUCCUGUGAAUAUAUCACGUGACUUCCAAUUCAGUGUUUAUGUUCCUUUAGAGAUAAAAGUUCAUCAUUUGUAAAUUUUUUAUGUGAAAGGUGUAUACAAAAUUAAGGAAAAUACGUGGAAUAUUCGAACAUUUUCUUCAGGAACAAGUGUUUUUGCUAAUUACCUAAAAAUUAGUUAACACUUAAAACAAAAUGGAUGCAACUGAUUUAAAUGAUCCACUUCAAACGUGUCCAUAUGAUGAAUCACAUCGCGUUAUGAAAAGUCGUAUGCAAUGGCACUUGGUAAAAUGUCGUAAAAACCAUAUCAGUGACAAAAGUCAAUUUAAAACAUGUCCUUAUGAUGUUACACAUAUUAUUAACGAAGUGGAAUUUGCGUAUCACAUUAAUAACUGUUCAAAAAGUGGAUCAGUAGUAAAUUUUAUUCAAUCAAUGGAACCGACUCGAUGCGUUGGUGCAGUACCAAUGAGUGAUAUCAUAAAUGUUUAUGUUCCACCAGUUCAAGAAAACUGGGAUAAUGAUCCACCGGAGAAAACUUAUGACGCUUUGGCAGCAGCCAAGAGCAAAGGUGUAUCAAUUCCUGAAGUUGGUUUAUCUAAAGCAAAAAAGAAGAGUUUUAUCAAAUCUGAAAGAUUACGAAUUAAAAAUCUUGAGGAUAAUGGUGUAAUUUUUAAUCCUACUCCCAAGACUAGUAAAAAUCAGAAUUUCGAAGAUGAGCAAACUGAUGCUUUGGACGAUAUCGAAACUCCAUUACGACCACCACGUUCAAAAGCGGCUGCCGCAUCAAUUUGUUCGAAUACAGAUUAUAUCGAUGAAUCAUUAAAUAACACGAGGCAAUUAAAUUCUACAAUACACUCUGAGAUAAGUGCUAUUUCUACGUCAACUGCAAUUCCCAGACAAUCAAUAAAUUCACAAUUUUCAUUUGAAUCAGUACUUGCGGAUGUUGCGAAAAAAAAUGAGGGAAAAUUUUCUCAAUCCUCAAAUUAUUCAAUAAAUUUAUUUAAUCCUGCACCAAAUGAAGUUGACGUAAAUGGCAUUGAUAUGGGAAAUUUGCAUAUUUCUACUGAAUAUUCAAGUUCAAGUACAUUGCAUAAUAUUGACAGUAAUAUUUGUCCCUUGGAUGUUAAUAGUUCUACAUCAAGUAAUAUGAAUUUGUCCAAUAUUAGUGAAAUUCAAACUCGAUUGGCAAUUGUGAAAAAUUUGGAAGAGAAUUUACAAAAUGAAAAAGAAAAAUUAAGAAAAAUGGUUGUUAAUUUUUGUCCAUCGGACAAUAAUGAUGAAAAUUUUGCUAAUAAUUCGCGAUGUGCUGCUAAUUUUUCAAACGCAAAAGAAAAAUAAUCAAGUUAUCAUUUCUUUAUAUAUUCGAAUAAUGUCAAAAUUUUCUUAUUAAUAUUCAUUGUCAUUAUACAUAUUCUUUAUAUUAUAUUUUAUUUUUUUGAUACAUUUUCUCAUUUUGUAAAAUUAUAAGAAAGUUAUAAUUUUUAAAUUUAAUAUUUUUGUUUUAAAUAUGGAAGUCUAUUUUUUUUAUAUAGAGAAAAAUAUUAGAACAUCUGUUUGUUCUUAAAAAUUAUACAUAAAUCAAUAAAGACAAAUAUAAAACGUUUAUAAAUGAUAAAAAGGUUACUUGAAAAUAUGUUAAGAUUCAUAUUUUUUGAAAUAAAUUACUCUUUCAAUGUAAAA